GACCGGGCGGCGGCGAAGCCGGGGUACGGCGACAGCUGGGCGGCGGGCCGCAGGCGGGGACUAUGGGCAAGGACUAUUACCAGACGCUGGGCCUGGCCCGCGGCGCGUCGGACGAGGAAAUCAAGCGAGCUUACCGCCGCCAGGCGCUACGCUACCACCCGGACAAGAACAAGGAGCCCGGCGCCGAGGAGAAGUUCAAGGAGAUCGCCGAGGCCUACGACGUGCUCAGCGACCCGCGCAAGCGUGAGAUCUUUGACCGCUACGGGGAAGAAGGUCUAAAGGGUGGUGGCCCCAGUGGUGGGAGCAGUGGUGGUGCUAAUGGUACCUCUUUCAGCUACACAUUCCAUGGAGAUCCUCAUGCCAUGUUUGCAGAGUUCUUCGGUGGCCGAAAUCCCUUUGACACCUUUUUUGGGCAGCGGAACGGGGAGGAAGGCAUGGACAUUGAUGACCCGUUCUCUGGCUUCCCCAUGGGCAUGGGUGGUUUCACCAACAUGAACUUUGGCCGUUCCCGUCCUGCCCAAGAGCCCACCCGAAAGAAGCAAGAUCCCCCCGUCACCCACGACCUUAGGGUCUCGCUUGAAGAGAUCUAUAGCGGCUGUACCAAGAAGAUGAAAAUCUCCCAUAAGCGGCUGAACCCCGAUGGAAAGAGCAUUCGCAACGAAGACAAGAUCUUGACCAUCGAAGUGAAGCGGGGGUGGAAAGAAGGGACCAAAAUCACCUUCCCCAAGGAAGGUGACCAGACCUCCAACAACAUUCCAGCUGACAUUGUCUUUGUUUUAAAGGACAAGCCACACAAUAUCUUUAAGAGAGAUGGCUCUGAUGUCAUUUACCCAGCCAAGAUCAGCCUUCGGGAGGCUCUGUGUGGCUGCACAGUGAACGUACCCACUCUGGACGGCAGGACCAUACCCGUUGUGUUCAAAGAUGUCAUCAGGCCUGGCAUGCGGCGAAAAGUUCCUGGAGAAGGCCUCCCCCUCCCCAAAACGCCCGAGAAACGCGGGGACCUCAUUAUUGAGUUUGAAGUAAUCUUCCCUGAAAGGAUUCCCCAGACGUCAAGAACCGUACUUGAGCAGAUUCUUCCAAUAUAGUCUCUUGUGUUUCCCAAGGACUGACCAGGGACCUUUCCAGAGCUCAAGGAUUUCCGGACCGUUCCACCAGUUGUGGACCCAUGAGAGGGCGGGAGGGCCCAGGGAGGGCUUUCGUACUGCUGAAUGUUUUCCAGAGAAUAUAUUACAAUCUUUCAAAGUCGUGCACUAGACUUAAGUGGUUUUUCGAGCGAUAGGGCAGCUGGUGGUGGGGACAGCAGGAAAAGGCAUUCCAGUCUGUCCCACUGGUUCCUGCAGCCCUCCCGGGAUGGGCCCGUACCCUCCUCCAAGGCCCUGCCACAGUCAAGAGGCAGACCCACAGCUGGACUUGAUGUGUCUGUAGUCCCUUGACUUGUGGCCAUUAGGUGGUGCCAACCUGCCAUCUUGGUUACCAGACCCUGUACACUCCUCAGUUUCUGUUGUGUGAUCAGUUUGUGUUUUAUUCUGUAUUUGUCUCCCCUGUCUUGCUCUUCCCCCUGAAGAAUCCUGUUUUCUCUUUUGCCAUCUCCAAUUGAGAACCAACUUCAAUUAUUUUUGCAAAACUGCCUGGCUGGCACCCACAAGCAAUACCUCUUGUUCAGCAGGACCAAGGGAGCCAGCCUCAUGUGAAUGAGUUGCACAGAUGCAUCUCCCUAGAGGGUCAGGGACCCUGGACAGAGUAGGGGACCUUCUCGACCCCUGACUCUGAAGCCACGUGCACUCACUUAAGGGUCACACUCUUUUUUUUUUUUCUUUUAUCUAUAAGGCAAUCUUCUGGCACACCUGGGGUUUACAAGUGCCCAGGUAAUUUUUCAUUUAAUGGACUCUGGACUUUUUCAAAAGGAUCUGAUCCUUUUGAAUUUUGCACAGCUCUAAAUAUAAUCCCUUUUGAUAAAAGGGUCUUUGCUUCUGAUUACAGGAGCACUGUGGAACGUCUGUAAAUAUGUUUUUAUAAUUCUGUGUAAUGUUGGUGUGCCCUCAAAGGAAACCAGUCCACGGCAGCUGCUGCUCUCUGUACAGGGCCAUGGUGGAAUUCAAAAGGAACCUUGGGAGUUGGGGAGGGGGGCCGGGUUGGAACAAGUGUCUGUUCCUUGCAGGCCAGUCUGGUGCUCAGACCUUUAGACUCAUUGUAAGUUGCCACUGCCAACAUGAGACCAAAGCGUGUGACUUGUCAAUGUGCAGCACGACAGCAUUAAAGACUGAUGCUAAACCUCA